GCUGUGGGCAGCUCUUGGCGGCAGUCGUGCGGUGGAUGUGACCGGGCGGACGCGGUGACUGCUCCGGUGACCCGCAGCCUCCCGCACCGACUCUCCUAUGUCUGCGGCAUAAUGGAAACAAUGGGCUUACGAGGCAAGGGACAGGAGACUGUGCAACCCGAAGAGGAGGAGGUGGACCCCAGAAUCCAGGGAGAAUUGGAGAAGCUCAAUCAGUCAACAGAUGAUAUCAACCGGAGGGAAAUUGAACUUGAGGAUGCCAGACAGAAGUUCCGCUCUGUGCUGACAGAAGCCACCCUGAAACUGGAUGAGAUGGUGAAAAAAAUAGGAAAAUCUGUGGAAGAUUCCAAACCGUAUUGGGAGGCCAGGAAAGUGGCCAGACAGGCUCAGUUAGAAGCACAGAAAGCAACACAAGAUUUCCAACGUGCCACAGAGGUUCUCCGAGCAGCCAAGGAGACGAUAUCCCUCGCAGAACAGCGGUUGUUAGAAGAUGACAAGCGGCAGUUUGAUUCUGCUUGGCAAGAGAUGCUGAACCAUGCCACACAGCGGGUUAUGGAAGAAGAGCAGAAGAAGACUCGUAGUGAACUGGUUCACAAGGAAACGGCUGCUAAAUAUAACGCAGCCAUGGGAAGAAUGAAGCAAUUAGAGAAGAAAUUAAGGAGAAGCAUCAACAAAUCCAAACCCUAUUUUGAAAUGAAGGCAAAGUAUUACCUGCAGCUUGAGCAACUGAAGAAAACUGUAGAUGACCUUCAGGCCAAGCUUUCCCUGGCAAAGGGUGAAUACAAGACUGCUCUGAAGAAUCUUGAGAUGAUUUCUGAUGAGAUACAUGAGCGGAGGCGAUCUUCAGCUAUGGGCCCCAGGGGACGUGGGGUCGGAGCCGAAGGCAGCAAUUCAGUGGAAGAUCUCUCAGCUUGCAAACUGGAAUCAGACACAAUUUCCAUGACCUCUGAGGUGUUUGAAGAUGAUAAUCUCAGCAGUUUGGUUUCAGAAGAAGACUCUGAGACUCAGUCUCUAUCAAGCUUUAGCUCUGGCCCAACAAGUCCUUCAGAAGUUCUGAGUCCUUUUCCUCCUGCAAACCGGCCGGGCAGCUUAGAUUUAUCAAGCCCCAUGUCUCUUUCUGAGUUUGGGCUGAUAUCGCCUAUUCUUGGUCCCCGAAGUGAAUGCAGCGGGGCGUCCUCUCCUGAGUGUGAUUUGGAAAGAGGCAGUCGGGCAGAAGGGUCAGAAAGCAAAGCCCAGGACAGAAUAAAUAACAACAGCAGCAGUAACAUUAUUAAACCCAGAGCUUUGUCUGUGCUCGAUAACAAGAUGAAGCGACUGUCUUUGGAGUGUGCAGACCAUGAAAGCAGCACAGACACAAAGAAAUGUACGCGCUCUCAGUCCAUUGCUCCACCAGCGCUGGUCAAUCCAGUGUGAACAAUGUAACAUACGGAUUACAGAGCAGACUGCCUGUGCCAACAACUUUCUCUCAGCACAUGCUGUGCCUACUGCUGGGAUGUAACCUGGUUUGAAGGAUGGAUGCGUAGCAUGAGCCGGUGUGAUGAAGCAAGUACAGAUGGCUUUGGCAGCAGGCAUCUACUCUGUUUGCUGCCCUAAUUCACCAUAUAUCUAGGAAUUAGGGCCGAAAAGCAAGAUAUCGAUUAAUUACAGCAAUAAUUGAAACAAUGCAUCUGAGAGUCUUUUUGCCAAAUGGGAGAAGUCCCAAAAUGAGCGUUAGUAGCAAGGUUUUUCUGUUUCUCGAGUCUUUGCUAUAUAUGACUGUGUUCUUGAGUGGUGAAGCCGAGAUUCUGCAGUCCAGUGUAUAAUAUGCACCUACGUCUCCCAUUGAAUGUCAUGUAAUGUGAAGUAAGCCUUUAUUAUAGAAGUCAUUUUCUUAAACUUGAAUCAGUCUAGAUCUACAUAGAUCUCAUUAUUCAUCUUUGGUCCUGAGCACUUUCUUCGAGUACUUGAUAAAUAUCAGUAUUUAUCACCAGCUGUUAGUUCGCCAAGAAGACUAGCCAUAGUCAUCUGUGAAGCCAUCGAAGUAGAUCUAGUUAGAGCAGCAUUUCAUGUACCAGUGUUAAACAAAAGUACUUUGGAGUGAACUGCGCCAAUAAAGCUCUCAAUAAAUUCUGUGCAUCUUUAGGCUGCCUUAAAGACGGAAAAUUAAAUCUACACUUGCUAUGACCAGGUGUAGUUUUGUCGCACUUUUCAUUCCAUUUUCUGGAUUUAGAAUUUAUUUGGUGGAGCAUUUUUGACCGCGCCUCUCCAACUUAACGCCCCCACAUUUUGGCAAAGUGGCAAUAACUGAAAAAAACAAAUGCAAAUGUUACAGCAUCCCCAUUGUAUCAGUCAUCGAUAAGUCGAACGACGCCUGGCGGUUCUAUAUAACUAGACUCCGCUAUCCUAUAGAAGAUACUCCCUCAAUAAAAUGUUCUGCAUCAGGAUUGUUCCACCAUGGUCAUCUUACCUACCUGCACACUCCAGUCAUUUUAGCUACAUACUUUACUGAGGCACGCAAGUCCAUUAGUUAAAAAAGUAAUUCUCUUUUGAAAACUGCACUUUUUUUGAAGUACAACUUUAUACUCCAAUUUGCUACAUGUUAAAAAUAUGAGAAAUGAUGGAUGUAUAAGAGUCAUCUGUUGUCUGUCAUAUUAAAUGUGUUUUACUUGAUUGUGGGCAAAGGAUGCAGAUUAUCCACAGCUAUUUUUGUACCAGCUACCUGGAUAAAUGACUGACUGACUGCUCACUGUAUUUAAUGGACUUCUACCAUGUGCCAUAGAGAUACUACUAUUCCUGAUAACUUUCCAACAGUUAUACAAUAUAUGAAUACAAAAAGCAAUGGUUACUUGAUAAGGCCAUGUACAUGUUGAGAAGAAACACUACGGUGUCAUUCAUGGUAACCCUUUCCAACCUUGGCUCAGCUAGAGUCUAAUUGGUUUCUCUAAACAUGAUUGUCCUUAUUGGCUUUAGUUUGUCUACGGUAUAUGGCCUCAUUAGCAAGUGUAAAUAUUGGGUAAGCAAUAUGGGAUGAUUGGUCGAAGUUCUGAGAAGUCUUCUCAGUUCCAUGUUCAUGCUGUAUCUUGGCCCAGAUAUAUAAUACAAGUAAACGACCUGUGGCCACCCUGUUUGGUGCAUGGUCUUACUGAGGAGGCCAUGAUACUGCUCUCUGGAGACAGUGGAGUCCAUGCUGCUAGCUUGUAGUAGCUGCAUAAUAAGCUAGCUUGUUUUCUAUGUUAUCCAACUGUUUGCCUUGUAUCAUUCCCACUUUACUAUUACUGGAAUGUGACCUUUCCCCUGUUAUCUGUUUUGUGUCACAACUUGUAUGUUUCUUAUAGAGUUAAGUGUAUUAAAGGGUGUUUCAUGCAA